AUGUCGACUGCUCGAGUCCGGUUUUUCCUACUGGAGGCGACAUUCACGUUCUUGUUUUUUGCUAGGGUCAAGUUCAAGAUCGAGUACAUCUUCGACGACAUUCUGCCGUGGAAGAGAGAGGAUGUCUCAUGGCAGCUGGCCUGUUCUCAUUCCGCUCUCAUGGAGCGACCGCGCGGCCUCUUUGACAUGACCGAUGAGCAAGUUGUCGCCUACAACACCGAGCGACAGAAGCGCAUCAAGGAGCAACAGGCCAUAAAAGGCAAGCGCUGGGAGGCCGAACAGCGUGCAACAGAUCUCAAGGGAUUUCUGGCAAAAAAGCUCAGGCAAAGGCUGGCAUGGCAAGAAAAGAACAAGGACAAGGUCCUUGCGACGGCAGUUGGUUGCAACGCCGAGCGGCAGAAGAGGGUCAGCAGAAUGCCGCCGCCAACAGCAAGCAAUGGAUUGCAAAGGAACGUGCCCAGAACCUCAAGGGCUACCAUGCUAAGUCAUUCAAGCGGAGACUUGCGUGGCAAGAGAAGAAUAAGGACAAGGCCCUGGCCACUGCGUCUGGGGUUCGCGCUCGAGCUGUCGCCUCUAGUAACAGCUCUCCGCAAGCACAUGGCCUCCAAGGCCCAUAUUGAGCAAGUCCAGCUUGCUGAGGGCGGCGCUCCUAAGGUUGUCUCUGUUGAGGCAGCCAGGAGCUGGAAAUUUUCUGCCAAGCACAAGGCCUUCAACAUCAAGGGCCAUCUCAACAAACACAACGGCACCAAGAAACACCUGGCCGAGGUUGCCGCCGCCGCCAAAGCUGCUGCCGCUAACGCCAAGCGACAGAAACAUAUCAAAGAGCAACAGGCAAUCAAAGGCAAGCGCUGGGAGGCUGAGCAGCGUGCGACAGAUUUGAAAGGGUAUUUAGCCAAAAAGCUCAAGCAAAAGCUGGCCUGGGAGGCCAAAAAUAAGGACAAGGUCCUAGCAACAGCAUUCGGUGUUCGCGCCCGCGCCAUCGCCUCCCGACGGCACGAGUGCAAAAUUUGCGGCAUCGGCCUACAAUCAGUUACAGCCCUACGCAAGCACCUCGCCAGCAAGGCCCAUCUUGAGCAAGUUCGGCUCGCCGAGGGCGGCGCCCCCAAAGUCGUGUCUGUUGAGACGACCAGGUGCCGAAAGUUUUCAGCCAAACACAAGGCAGCAAAGACAUACUACUGCCCUGUGUGCGACUGGGCCUUCAAUAUAAAGCUCAAACAAAAGCUGGCCUGGGAGGCAAGAAAACAAGGACAAGGUCCUGGCGACUGCUUUCGGUGUUCGUGCUCGAACCGUCGCCCCUCAUAA